GUUUUACUCUCCGUGGGACCUUAUCUGUUUCUCCAAUACAACUAUGAGUAUAUCGUGACCCAUUCUGAAAUCAUAUAUGGAACAUUCCGUUUCGUACAAACUAAAUCUUGGCUAUAAGACAGGAGAAAGACGUGGCGGUUGUAAAAAUAUCUUAAUACCAAAAUUACUUGUGACUCAUGAUGUAUGCUAUAUACCAUUCUAAAGUGGUUGCACCGUGGGUGGGAGCGUUCAUAAUAUAAACGAUUACGUUUUGUUACGUUACUGGAGUGCAAGUCGACACUAUCACACAGAUUAUAACCAACUUAUAAAUAAUAAAAAAAAAACAAAAGAGUAUUCAGCAAAAAAUCGCGUCCACGCUAUACGCACGCGAGCUGGUGGGGAUGUGAUUCCAGAACGUUCCGUGGGAACCUUGGACCUAAAUAUGUCAUUCACACCAUCGAAUCUAGUCUUGACCCCGGCACCUGAAUGUCGGAAGCUGUCCCGUGGCAUAUCAAGAGCCACGGACAACGAGGGUCUGGUCUGGGCCUUGAGAAGCAACACUGAACCUCAACCGAAUACCUUAUCAUCAGACCAUAUACUGUUAUUGCCAGAUAUAUCCGUCUACCCCCCAGAUUUUAGAAUAUUCAUCGAAAAAGAUCUCCUAGAGACAGCGACUCUAGUCACGUUAGAGUCUGCUAAUAUACUCAACUGGUGGCGCCACGGUCGCGUUCCGGGCGCCCCACGGUUGCUGCCCCUGGCAACUUCCGGGGACGGCAACUGUCUCCCGCACGCGGCGUCGCUCGCAGCAUAUGGCUUCCAUGACAGAUUACUGGCUUUAAGGACCAAAGUCCAAGCUCUGCUCUCUGGAGAAUGUGGCGAUGUACUUACUAAGGCUAUAAAACGUCGAUGGCGCUGGUCGGAGAGCAUCUCGCUUAGGACAGCAGGGUUGUCACCGUCGGAGGCGGAAUGGGAGCGCGAGUGGCAGGACUCUAUAGUGGCGGCGUCGGCUGAGCCUAGGCCGCACCAACCCUCAGCAGCUCCGCACUACGCCGGCUUGGAGCAGCUACACGUGUUCGCAUUGGCCCACGUCAUGAAACGACCGGUUAUCGUGUUCGCGGACGUCGCGUUGAGAGAUUUCAGAGGCGAUCCGAUAGCCCCUAUUCCAUUCGGUGGUAUAUACCUGCCCUUGGAACUGCAACCGGAAGUGUGCAGUAAAGCGCCGAUACUGCUGGCUUACGACGCCGGUCACUUCUCAGCGCUAGUACCGUGCGAGCCUCUUCCCACAGACGGCGCUAGAGUACCCUUGGAAGACCGCAUCGGAAACCCAAUGCCUAUACGAUUCAACGUAGACCCGGGCGAGGACUUCCGAUGGGACGUUGAACCGGAACAGAAGACUAUCAACAACCUGCUCCCAGAUGAAUACCAACGGUCGGCCAUGUUGUCCGCUUAUUUGGACUUGGAGAGAGUCGAAUGUCUAUCUCAGGGUCAACCGUCGGAGGAGCUGAGGAGGUCCCUCGACGCUUUGUCCACUAAGAGUUCCAAGCAGUUGAACUCCGUCGCCAAACAAUUUGGCAGCAUCGGGAGGUCAAUGAGCAGCAAGUUGAAGAGCUUCGGAUCUAUGGCCAAGUUAACGAAGACCGGAAGCCAGUCGAACCCGGAAGACGGUCUGAUGCGGCGGCAGUCCACUUGCGAAGUACUGUGCUGUAGGGUCCUAGCGGCUAGAGCGCCCGUACAGGAAGAGAUGGUCAAGAAUUACCUGAAUGAAGCUUGGAUCGGAUACACAGCGGAAAUGAAUAGGAAAGAAGAAUGCCAGGCUCCAGCGAAGCCUCGCUAUGGCACCGGUCGGUCGCAGUUCUACGCGGAAGCUGAUAGGAACGCUCAUGAGAACGCUAGAACAUUGACCACUAAGUCCGCGAAACCGGCCCAAGAUCGAACCUUGUACCUCUCCAAAUCCACUUUCUACGACGACCGCCCUCCUUCCCCCAAACCCUGCAAGGCCCCGCUCUGUAUGUACUACGGCAGCCCCGAAAAUAACGACUACUGUUCUCGUUGCAGCAAACUCCAAUGAGCUGGAGUUUGAUCAGUUUCGAUACAGUCCAGGGGCGAUUUCACCGGUGACAAAAUAUAUUUCUGCUAUGACCUUACCUUCAGCGUAGCUUAUACGGUUUUAAUACAACCUUAGAAUUCGUCACAUAUUAUUAAAAGUCCAAUACAUAUGUUUUAAAUAAGUCUCGGACUAAGUGACCGGUGAAAUUGACCUUAAGAUUUGAUUGAUGUUUUAUAUUUUAAUUCAGCACCCCUCAAGUACUCUAACAACCCCGCUACACUGCUGUACAGGUCAUUUGACCGACUGUAUCGAAUCCUAACUUCUAAACUCCUAGUAUUACUAAUACAUAAGUAUUUUUAUAACAGAAUAAUUAUUUGUUUAGGUUAUAUUUUUUUAUAGAACAGAUAAAAAAUUUGUAAUGUUCAAAAUCAGGACUAUUUUGUGAAAUGUAUUUUACGAUAAGAGCGACCCGCAGUACAACAGUGUGGAAAUAGAGAAAAAAAAAAACUAUUUUUUUAAAGGAUCUUCCAUUGUAAAAAUGAUAUUAUGAAACAGGUUGAAUUAGUUCUUAAACUAUUGAAAUAUAGAUAAAAAAUGUUACGUCGGUAUAUUUUUUAUUACAGAUGACAAUGUUUGUAAAAGCUUUAUAGAUAUGAGCCAAAUGCGAUCGUCAAGUGCCAAGGACGUUUGGAACGUGCGAAAGUAUUAAGGCCUUAUACUUAAAUUGUUACUAUGUUACUGUAAGUGUUUACGUAGGUUUAUAUAUUUACCUAAGAGUAUAUAGUUGUUUAGUUGACGUUCGAUCGUUUUGUUUUUGGACUCAGGGUAACGCUUGGUAAUAUAUUUUUAUAUCAAAGAGCUUGGAGUCUCACUCCGUCCUAACAUCAAAAACAAUUAGAUGUUCUAGUCUCGUUAAUGUUUAGGUUAUUCGUUAACAUAAGGUUUUAUUUUGUUACAAAAAUCGCAUAAACCUAACUCCCACCAUUUUUUUUAUUCCGUCAUUAUGUUUCAAUGUUCUGCGAAGUGAGAUCACGUGACAUAAGUGUUGGACAUUUAUAUAUAAUAAAAUAUAUGUUGGGACUAUACCUGUCUGGUCAUAUCAUGUUUUGUAGAACUAUAAACGGUUACACGAU